AUGGCCACGCAGACGCCUCCCCCCACCCCUGAUAUUGUUCCGAUUACAAGUCCACUUGCGAAUCAGCGUCUCACAGUUGUCUCAAACAGGUUACCUGUCACAAUAGAGAAAGGUAAUGACGGAGAGUAUACUUUCAAAGAAUCGUGUGGAGGACUUGCUACAGGCAUGAGUGGAGUCAAGCGGGAGUUCGACAUGAUCUGGUAUGGCUGGCCCGGUGCCGAAAUACCUUUGGAGGAAGAAUCAAAGAUCAGUCAAGCUUUGCUGGACCAACACAACGCGGUACCAGUUCCUUUGGGUGAAGAUCUCGCCGAAGCAUAUUACAAUGGGUUUUCAAACUCCACUCUCUGGCCACUAUUUCACUAUCAACCCAAUUCUAUGCGAUUCCUUCGGGAUGAAUGGAAAGCCUAUUGCCAAGUCAACCACAUUUUUGCCGAAAAACUUGCGAAGGAGAUCAGUGACGGAGACGUUGUUUGGAUCCACGACUAUCACCUUAUGCUCUUACCUCAAAUGCUUUCUGAUGCAGCCAGAAAGCUCAGCAAGACAAUCACAAUUGGUUUUUUCUUGCAUAUACCCUUUCCUAGUGGAGAUAUGUUCAAGGUACUUCCUGUUUGGCGUGAGAUUCUAGAGGGCCUGGUCGGUUGCAAGACUAUCGGCUUUCAUACGGAGGCUUACGCUCAGAAUUUUGCCCGAACCUGUUGCGACUAUUUGGAUUUCAACCAGUGCCAGAAUGGGGUAGAAAGAUAUGGUAAAGUGGUUAGACUUGGAGUUUACCCAAUUGGGAUAGACGUGCCUAAAUUUCUUGAUCAUGUUGGAUCUGAGUCAACCUCUUCACAAAUAAGAGACCUGCGAAGCGAGUACAAUGUUGAGAAACUGGUCAUUGGUGUUGACAGGCUCGAUUACACGAAAGGUAUUCCACAAAAGAUCACAGCAUUCGAGCAGUUUUUGGAGACAUAUCCCCAAAAUAUUGGACGAAUCAGCAUGAUCCAAAUUGCCAUUCCAAGCAGGGAAAGCGUACAAGACUACAAAGAUCUUGCGAUCAAUCUUCAUGAACAAGUCAAAACCCUCAACCAAAGAUUCGGAACUGCUGACUAUAAGCCUGUCCACUUCUUGCACCAAAGUGUGCCAUUUGAGCAGCUCAUAGCUAUGUACGCCGCUUCAGAUAUCUGCCUUGUCUCUUCUAUUCGCGACGGCUUGAAUCUAGUCUCAUACGAGUAUGUGGCCACACAACGGAACCUGGAUGGUGUACUUCUCCUGUCAGAAUUUGCUGGCGCUGCGGAUCUGUUGGAAGGGGCAGUGCUAUUCAACCCCUGGGACACAGAAUGCAUUGUGAAGGCCUUGAACCGUGGAGUAACUAUGGGGGCGGAAGAGCGUAGGACCAACCAGAAAAAAUCGGAGAAGCACGUCCUUCAGAAUUCGAGGGUCUCGAUAACUACCGAUGGCAAGAGAGCUGGCGAAACUCCGUCUGUAUCUGCCAUUGAAAAGCAGGACAGCAAUGUAUCCAGAUAUGGUCAAGCCUUGGACUCUCCAUACUCGAACAACGAUACCUUUACCGACGAAAGUACUGAAGCGAUGAGUUCAUCGUCGGCCUCAUUUUUAUCUGUGGAGCAGCAGUCUUGUAAAGCAAGCUCUACAGAUUUCCUGGUUGAUGUCUUGGCAUCAUAUUGCGCGGACAAGUCACUUGGAGACAAAGCCUGUUUCCCAAAAGAAAAUGACGAAUCAGGCUCUACCUCGUCACCAUUGAGCGCGAUUUCAGCUUACAAGAGUGCCACGCCUUUAGAAGAGCAACUUCCCGACAAAUUCACUGCCCAAGGUUGGUUGACCAAUUUUCUAAGAGGGCCAAAUGUUUUAUUCAGAAUCUGUAACGAGGCCGAAACUUGGAAGCUUCUGGACUCGAUCUACGCGAAUGAUUGCGUCGCCCAUACAUCAAAAUGUUCUUUCUGGCUGCAGUUGGCCAUUGGAUGUCAAAUGACAAGCCCCACGGCAAAUGGGAUCCAUGCUAAGCUUUUCGCAAGUGGGCACCAGUAUCUCGAAUGGUGCAUUGAGCAAGCAGAUGAGGUAUCUCCAUUCUGGAUGGUGAACCCGCUGAUGCUUGCCUGUCUCUAUACCGUCAGUCAUAAGCCGAGGAGUUGUUGGCUUACACUUGGUACUGCAAUUCGACUUGCUCAAGUGCAUAAAGUAGACUGCGAAUGGGAAAGCCGCGGAAGUCUUUCGAAAGGCGAGUACGAGCGGCGGAGAGAGGUUUGGCGUGCCAUGAUCUCACUAGAUGCUCUCCACAAAUCACCCAGAAAGCGACACAAGAUUUAUUUUGUAAAGAUGACGCCGCAAGAACUUGCUCUUCCGAAUGAUAGUAUCGAGGUCAACCUCGCCAAAUUGGCCGUAUUGAUCAGCCGCUUCCAGGCGAGUCUCUCCCAGGUUCAAAGGAAUGCUGGUGAUAAAGAGUCAUUCUUCCGUACACUUGAAGCAUGGGCAUCACAGCUACCACAGAAUCUACGAUACUCGGCAAAUACCAACGAUUCGCCCUCAUCACAAGACGUGGAGGCGGCCUCUCUCUAUUUGGAAAUGUUCUAUUUUGCAUCGAUAAUGGCGUUGAGUAAGGCGGAGUUUUUCGCUUCAUUAUCUGCAGAUAUGGGUUAUGUGCCGCACAACCGCCUGUAUUCUCAAACUUGCAUUGAUGCUUCCGCUGCGAUGGCUCACAUAGCAUCAACGAUGCUGGACCGUGGAUUUCUCGUCAAGGGUGACUGGUGCGUUAUGACCCUCUUGUAUCACGCUGGUCUCGUGCUAGUCUUGAGUCUCAAGGUGCCAAGAAUCUCUGUGCGCUACAAGCUCCAGCGUGUCAGAAGACCCUGUUCACAACAACAGAGUCUUGAGGCAAGCAUAAACGUUCUAUCUGUUUGCGGCCCCCACAAUCCCCUGGCAAGACAGUUCUGUGCGGUCUUGUGCUAUUAUCGGAAUCUACUCAGCAGUGAUGAAGAAGCUGGAGCUGCUCGUACCACCCGCACCGAUAGCUCCAUAAUGGACUACUGGUCGCCUACUAUGGCAUCUCCGACAGGUCUGACCAUGACUACCGCGGCCCCUAUUUCGUCCUCAAGUUCGAGUUUCUCGAACACUCCCUCUUCAGCGUUGUUUUAUCCACAUUUCUCGUCGGCCGAAAUAAAAGCAACGCCUGUCCUAAACGACUCUACGUACAACGAUUUGUCUCAGUCAGCAGACGCAACUUACGCUCAGUUGUCGAUUCAAGACCCAGACUGGGUUGAAGGAAUGACGACAAUGCUGAACCAUGGGACAAAUUAUUCCUUUGAAAUGGAACCACCCUCUCAAUCAGCUUAUAUUACUCCUUACUAUGGUUACUAUGGCCAUCCAUUGCCCUUUACACAGCCGUAA